CAGAAGACGACCAAUCUGCGAGGCUCCUAAAGGCUGCAAGCUCUCCUGUCUGACGAUCCUCCAUCAACUCAGCUUCCAUUUCAAAACCUCAGUCUGCGUCACCAGGAACACCAGCAUGAUUCGCAAGGGAAAAAAAACGGAUGCCAAAGUUCAGAUAGGAGACGCACUAUCUCGCACAUCUCACACGCUUUGCAUAAAAGUAUAUAAAGCUCAGUGGAGGGAGAGUCAGAAGACAGUGUGCUGGCUGAAUUCCUGGGCACUUCUCCAUCGAACUAAAUCUUUUUCAUCAGUCACUCUAAACAGAUUCUUAGAACGGAAAUGAAAGCUUUGCUAUUAUUGUCACUUCUUGUGACUCUGGCAGCUACAACGACUGUCACUACAUUCAAGGAAUGUACUGAUGGUCCCUCGGGUGUAGUAAAAUCCUUGGAUGUAACUGCCGACUGUUCAAGCGGAGCCUGUCAUAUGCAGCACAAUCACAACGUCACUUUGUCAGUCACCUUCCAGUCAGGAAGUGACAUCACUGAAGCAAAGACUGUGGUGUACGGUAUUAUAUUUGGUGCUUUAAAAGUACCCGAUCCCUUUCCCGGCAUGCCCCCCAACGCCUGCCAGAACAUCGUUGGCGGCUGCCCUGUGACGGCUGGCACCACGCGCACCUAUAACGCCACUGUCUUUGUGCAACCCUUCUACCCAAAGUUGCGCCUGGCAGCUCAGUGGGAGCUUCACGAUCAAGCUAAUCAUAAAGUUUUCUGCUUUGUCGUUCCGGUAGAGGUCGUCGACUGAAAAUGUAUUUUUCUAAGGACUUGACGAAUAAGUGUGUUUUAGUAAUUUGGUUUUGUUUUAUUUAGUUGACAUGCUUCAUCCUGGAGUUACUACUUACGAACACUGUAAUUUUAAUAGCUAAAGGAACUGAUGCUUGAAUUAUGCUAUGAAAGAUUGACAUUUCUAAGCUGUUUUUUGGCUGUUUACGUGUGCUUACCUACCCAAUUGAUUUUUGUAUAUUAAUCCAUUUUUAGUGCAUUUUGGAACGAUAUAUGUCACAUUUUAACCUUGAAAUAAAAAUCAUCGAAACAUCCA